AUGCCGAAAGGAAGACGCGGAAAGGCCGCACGACGCGCUCGUGCCGGCGAUCUCGGCCUCCGACAGACAAAGCGAAAAUUCUCCGGGAAACACGCAAAACGAUCAGAGCGCCGUGCCGAACAGGCAGAGGAAAAGCGCGACUUGAACAAAUUGAAGGAGGCAGUUGUCGCAUCAGCGGCGAAAGCGGAGGAAGAGAAAAUCCCGCACUCGUUUGUCAUCUAUCGUGGUGAGGUCGGACGUUAUGUUCAGCGCUUGGUGCGCGACGUGCGCUUCAUCAUGGAGCCGAACACGGCUAAGGACUUGCAGGUCAGAAAAAGCAACAACAUGCGCGAUUUCGUGGUGAACGGGGCGCUGCUCGGCCUUACUCAAAUUAUCACUUUCACGCGCGGCGAGAAGCACCUCAAUUUGCGAAUUAUGCGCACCCCGCAGGGGCCCACGCUUACGUUUAGAGUGCAAGCGUAUACGCUCAAGCAGCAUCUACUUUCGAAGCAGAAGAAGCAAAUGUGGUGCGAGCAGUUGUUCCUCAAUUCUCCACUCGUUGUUAUGAAUGGUUUCAAAUCCGACGAAUCUAAGCGCCAUCUACAACUUGUCCAGACGAUGUUCCAAAGCAUGUUCCCAGCCCUCAACGUCGACACGAUCAAAUUGAAAGGAGUUCGGCGGUGCCUAUUGGUCAACUACGACCCAGAGUCGGAUACGAUUGAUCUUAGACACUAUGCGAUCAAGACUGUCAUCUCGGGAUUGUCAAAGUCGGCGAAGAAGUUGACUGUUUCGAGGAUUCCGGAUCUCAGCCAGUACAAGGAUAUCUCCGACUAUUUUGUCAACCCCGGACAGCUGAGUGAAAGUGAAUGGGAAGACGAGCAGAAGGACGUCGAAUUGCCGCAAGACAUUUUCCAGCGUGGUCUCACCCAGGGCCAGAAGAGCAACGUCAGGUUGAUGGAGCUGGGCCCGCGGAUACGCCUGGAGCUUGUGAAAAUUCAGGAGGGUCUGGAUGACGGAGAGGUCCUUUACAACAAAUACGUGCAAAAGACGCCCGCCGAGGUGGCCGCCCUCAAAAAGAAGGCCCCGAUGCUCAAGAAAUUGCAAGAGCGCCGCCGCAAGGACCAGGAACACCGCGUCAUCCGCCGACUGACCGCUAUAUCCGAGCGGAAGCAGCGCGAAAUCGAUCAUAUCAAGGAGAUUACUGCAAAGGCGGCUCGCAAGCAGGCCGAGGUGACGGGCCAGACCGAUGAUUUGGAGGUCAACCGGAAGAGGGAUCGCGAGAUUGCAAUGGAGAGAGAAAGGGAAGAAGAUCCUGAAAAGAAGAAGCCGUUCACGUACGGGCGUAGGCGGGGACAGGGCGGCGGUGACGGUCAGAAUCGCGUCGACGAGCCACAGCAGAAGCGCCCCAAGUUCCAGAGCGGCGGCCGUCGGCCCAUGAAGCCGAGCGAA